UUGGGUUGGAGCGUCUCUGCGCGCCGCUGCGCUUCUCAUCCAUCUCCGCUCUGCACCUGUUUGCGUGGAUCUGCGCUGCGUGGACUGCCACUCAGGGGGAAACGCUCAGUGACUCGUUUCAUUCUUUCAGAUUUGUAGCGGGAUUUUUUUUUUCUCAGAGCAUCACAGGCUGAAGAGUUUGGGGUAAAAAGUGCAACUCGAAGCUGCGCCGCUGCUGGACCCUCAUCCCAACGCACCGAGCAGCUUUUUUCCCUCCCAUUUCUAGCAUGGAAGGAGAUGACCACGGCGCGCCGUCAUAAUAAAGGAAUAAUCCAAGAAUAACUCAAUCAGCAGAGCAUCGAUCUCCGCCGCAGACUGAGCGCUCUUCAGGCGGAUAAACUGGAUCCCACUGCGAGCAUUGAUCCGAGGAUCUGACUGUUAACCUUCAGACAUUUAACAGUCCCAACGGUGAGAGAGAAGAUGCCGUUCCACCAUGUGACGGCAGGCCUGCUCUACAAGGGGAACUACCUGAGCCGCUCGCUGUCCGACAGCGACAGCGACGUGCUGGCCAGCAUUUCUGUGGAGGAGCUCCAUGAGAUCCGGGAAGCGUUUAAGGUGCUGGACCGUGAUGGAAACGGGUUCAUCUCCAAGCAGGAGCUGGGCAUGGCCAUGCGCUCUCUGGGGUACAUGCCCAGCGAGGUGGAGCUGGCCAUCAUCAUGCAGAGACUAGACAUGGACGGUGACGGACAAGUUGAUUUUGAGGAAUUCAUGACGAUCCUUGGUCCCAAACUUCUGUCGUCUGAAACGAGAGAAGGUUUUCUGGGCAGCACAAUAGACACCAUCUUCUGGCAGUUCGACAUGCAGAGGAUCACCCUGGAGGAGCUGAAGCACAUCCUCUUCUACGCUUUCCGCGACCACCUGACCAUGAAGGACAUCGAGAACAUCAUCAUCAACGAGGAAGAAAGCCUGAAGGAGAACUCUGGGAACUGUCAGACGGAGUUUGAGGGAGUCCACCCCGCAAAGAAGAACCGCCAGACGUGCGUCAGGAAGAGCCUCAUCUGUGCUUUCGCCAUGGCCUUCAUCAUCAGCGUCAUGCUCAUCGCGGCCAAUCAGAUGCUGAGAAACGGCAUGGAGUAGUUCUGGCCACUGUGAGCUGGCGACACACCAGCCUGCAUGUGCAUGCCGGUGGGUGAAGCUGAAUCCCUGUAGAUAGAAACAGAACUAUGAGGCACAACAAUCCAAACAGCUCCCUUUUUAAUAUUACAUUCUUUUUUCAUUCUAACGAGGGGAACGUCUCCACCUGACUUCCUGUGAAAAAAAAAAAACAUGAAGCCAGCACCAUAGGUCACGCAGGACUCCUUUUCCUUCAUUCCUACAGGGACUUUCAAGGGCUGACAUUACAUCAAACACUGUUGUCUCAGUUUCCCUGAUGCAAUAAUUCAAACGAAAUAUAUUUAAAAAAAAAUAAGUGCAGGAGUUGAGAGCUGCUUGCUUAUUCAACAAGAGAGAUGUGACGUGAGUCUGGCACCCACCAGGAGGCUGAUGAACUAUAAAGGCUGCAGGAGUCAACAAAACGAAGGAAACAACUGGGCUCUUAUUGCAGGCUCUUGAGAGACGACGGCGGAGCUGGACACCAGUGAAGAGCAUGAAUACGGCUCCUGGAGCUCCCACUGGGCUGUGACACUUCAGCUCUCUGAUUAACCGCUGACUCUGUGGGCUGACGUUCGGAAAUUAUACAGCCAAGAACUCUCGGUUUGUGUGAUAUUGCUGAAUGAGAACGGAUCAUUCCCUCUUCAUGGAGAAAAGGCCAUCCUCUAAUGCUUUCUGUGCUUACAUAAGCCAUCUGUUUGUGGUGAGCAGUACACCCCAGGGAAUGUUGUUAAAUGCUGUUUUCUGGUCUA